GCCUACAACUAUGCAGGGCCAGCGGUGGAGGAGGCCCACAUCGAUUGCAGCUCCACCGUCUCCUGCCUCCGACGGGGCCGAGCAUACGCCACAGCGCCCAACAGGGCCACCGCCCACCUCUGGAGCAGGAUCCACGCGGCCUUCGAGCCAGGCUCGUUUGCAGUGCGGAAGGUGCCAGCGCACUGCAACCGCCAGGCCGUGCUGGACGGGCACCUCACGGAAGCCCAGCGGCGCGGGAACGACCACACGGACCGCCUCGCCAAGAUGGGCGCCAGGCUGCAUGCUGUGGACAGCCAGGCCAUCGGCGAACACCAUGCGCUUGCCGAGGAGGUUCACGAGCUGUCACGGUGGAUUGGCCAGGCCGCGGUCAUCUGGCAGGGCAUCAGCGAAAAGAACAGCGAGGGCCUCCCUGAUGCUGGCGAGCGGCGGCAGGUGCGCUUCGAGGUGCCGCCACACUCGCAGGUCCCGCCCGCUGACCAGGAGGAGGAGGGCCCAGACCCCAAGAGGCCGCGCCUGGAGAGCGCCCGCUCAGCCGGCAGCGCCGCGGCCCUCUCUGCCAGCGCGGCGGCCUUCAGCAUCCUCGGGCAUGCCCUCAGCUACGCCUGCAGUGGCGACGGCGAGCAGACCCAGGAGCUGGUGGUUUGCACCAAGUGCGGCGCCCACAUGGUGCUGGGUGGCCGCUCGGGGGCCAAGCCGCGGCUGAAGGAGCCGUGCCUGGCCGACAAGACGGACAAGAGCGGGCGCAACCAGCGCAGCCUGUGGGAGCGCGGGCUCCACUUUGGAGGAAGGCCGAGGUCGGCGAAGCAGCGCCAGAAGAACCUGGCCAUACCCAGCCUUCGCGCGCAAGGGCCAGUGCUUGCGGACGCCCAGGAGCGCUACCUUGAGUGGCUCGGGGCCACUGCCGACGCUCUCACCCCGCCUGGCGGCGGCGACAGGGCGCCUGGAGCCAGCGGCGAGCCUGCGCCUGAAGCCCUUGCUUCGGCGGCAGGCGGCCGUGGAGCUGGGGUUCGCGAGGACCUCCUGGCGGCCUACGGCCUGAGCAAAGCCGAGUUGGCUGCCCGCGCGGAAGCCGCCGUCAGCGCGAUCGAGCGCAGGCGGGUGCGCCGCCGCACGGACCGCCUCGGAGCCAGGUCCGAGGAUAGCGACUGA